UUAACAAUUACAAACUACAUGUAUUACAGUAGACAUUUAAUUAAAACUUCGAUAAGGGAAAUCAAAUCAUUAUUAUCGAUAGAAUAGUGAUCUAAAUGCAAAUUCGAUUUUGAUUAACAUAAACAGAGCCUUCAUGUACACAUACUCAAAACGGAUAAAAAUAAAAAAUAACAAACAUUUACUAUGCAUUUGUUAUUACCAACGACAUGCUAUUAAAUACUAGAGAAAAACGCAAUUAAGAUUGGCUAGUGAAAGAUUAAAUAAAUUAAAAGAGUUGGUAACACGGGGAUUUAAUUGUUUUAACAUUCAGUUUGACAAUGUCCAGCGCGUGUCUUGUGUCGAAACAUGGGCUUGAUGAAUUCAAUCCAAAGUUUUCUAAGGGGAGGAAAAGACAAAUAAAGGAUGUGUUUGGAAUGGACGAAGACAUAGACUGCUAUACGAACGACAGAAGGCUAAAUUACGACAUUCUGAAAAUCGGUAAUGAGUUUGGAGGAAAUAAUUUGGGUGAUUACGAUGAUGAUUGCAUACAGCUCACGGACUAUAGGUUCGCAGAAAAAGUUGAUAAAAGCAAUGGACGCCCAGGAAUGCAACAUCCGACAAAAGUGUAUGGUGAAGUAACAAGACCAUGGACACCAGUAUUUGCUAUGCUUGAGCAUAAAUAUAUAGACAAGAAGGUAGGUAACUGUGCAAUAAAUUUCAUUGAUAGCCUCCCUUUGUGCUUAGACUGUAUAUAA